AGCCGCCAUGUUGUGUGUGGGCAAGGCCCCCAGAGGCGAGCUAGCCGCCAUGUUAGGUGUGGGCAGAGCCCCCAGCAAGGAGGCUUAGUCGCCGUAUCAGGUGCUCAGCGGAGAGAGAGGCCCAGCCGCCAUGUUAUCUGUGGGCAAGGCCCCCAAGGAGGGAAGGCCAAGCGGGGGCCUAGGUCUCUCCCCUUCCCUCAGAGCAGGCCUGGCUCCUAGCGAGGAAUGGGUGGGUCGCACGAUAACAAAUCCCCCGUGUAGCUGCAGGUCCCUCUGACUCCGGAUCGCGGGGAGGCUCGCUCCACCCCUCACCAGUCCCAAGCCUGGAGAAUGGGACGCUCUGGCUUCGCCUGUGGCGGUAGGUCAGGUCAUGUGACCCCGCCGCCGAGGGGGCGGGGCUCCCGGAAGUCCCUAGGAUGACAGCGGAGAGUGAUCAUUACUGAAUAUGUUGAAUAGCACUGGUCCCAGUACAGACUCCUCUAUUGUGAGAGUGCAAUUCCUUAACCCAGACUCACUGUCAACACCUGUUACAUACAGUCCCUGACUCUUCUGCCUUUGUUUACACUGAUCACUUUCUGCCACUGAGACGGGUCUGGAGUGAAAAGCUAAAGAUGCUGCUGUUCUUCCGUAAAAGGAAACCCAGUGAUGAGGCCCGGAAGCGUCUUCAAUACCAAAUGUGCCUGGCAAAAGAAGCUGGUGCUGAUGACAUUCUUGAUAUAUCUAAAUGUGAACUCUCCGAGAUUCCUUAUGGCGCUUUUGCAACAUGUAAAGUUUUGCAAAAAAAGGUGCUGAUUGUUCAUACUAAUAAUCUAACAUCUCUGGUUCCAAAGUCCUGCAGUCUCCUGAAUCUCAUAACUGUGAAGGUUUUAGAUCUCCAUGACAACCAGCUGACAUCGCUUCCUGAUGAUAUUGGCCAGCUGACAUAUCUCCAGGUCCUAAACAUUGAAAGGAAUCUCUUAAAAUCUCUUCCACGGUCUAUAGGGGACCUCGCCCAGCUCCAGACCCUCAAUGUGAAAGGUAAUAAGCUGAAGGAGCUGCCUUCUACCCUGGGUGACCUGCGCAGCUUGCGCACCCUUGAUAUCAGUGAGAAUCUGCUGCAGAAAUUGCCCCAGGCACUGGCUCACAUCCGCACGCUGGAGACUCUGAUGCUGGAUGCUUCGUCCAUGACCUACCCGCCGUAUGAUGUUUGCAGUGCUGGCACAGAGUCUGUCCAGCAGUUCCUGUGCAAAGAGUCGGGAAUCAAAUACUGCCCUCCCUCCCAGUAUCUUCUUCCAGUGCUGGAAAGUGAUGGAGGAGAAACAUCAGUGGAUGGUGUCGACAGGCAUGUGCAUAAAUACAUGGAGGAAGAGAGCGAGUGGCAGAACAAAUUCUUGGAUUAUGAGAAGAGGAAGGAAGAGAAGAUGCUGGAGAAGCUGGAGUUCGAGCGUCGCCUGGACAUGGGGCAGAGGGAGCAUGCUCAGCUUCUUCAGCAGAGCAGCAGUCAGAAGGAGGAGAUUCUGCAGACUGUGAAGAAGGAGCAGGUGAGGCUGGAGAAAGGUCUGACGAAGCAUCAGCGCAACCUGGAGGGAGAGCACCUGAAGCUGCUGGAGCAGCUGAAGCAAACGGAGCAGGGCAUUGCCAGCCGAAUCCAGAAGCUUCUGGAGGAGAAUCAGAGGCAGAAACAAAGUUCAGAAAUUUUAAAAUCCCUGGAGAACGAGAGAAUAAGGAUGGACCAGCUGAUGGCAAUAACGCAGGAGGAGACAGAGCAGCUACGCAGAAGGGAAGUGGCCUCUGCCAUGCAACAAAUGCUGGCUGAGAGCUACAAGAACAAGCUCAUCCACAUGACCUCUGAAUCUCGAAGGCAAGACCUCGUCAACCAGGCAUGCUCCAGCCUGGCAGAGAUGGAUCAGAAGUUCCAACAAAUCCUGGCUUGGCAACAGCUGGAUCAGAACAAGGCCACUAGUCAGAUCCUGCAGGAGAGUGAAAUGCAGAAAGCGGCCUUUGAAGCCCUUCAGGUGAAGAAGGAUCUCUUGCACCGGCAGAUCAGGAACCAGAUUAAGUUAAUAGAAACAGAGUUAUUGCAGCUGACACAGCUGGAGUUAAAGAGGCAAGAACUGGACACAGAGACACUGCAGGAGGUGAUCACAGAGCAACGCCGAGCCCUGAGCUACAUGCUGCAGCAGCUGCUCAAGGAGAAGAAGCAAAGGGAAGAGGAACUGCAACAAAUCCUGCUGGAGAUGGAGGCAAAAAGUGAAACAAAGCAGGAGAACUACUGGCUGAUCCAGUAUCAGCGCCUGCUGAACCAGAAGCCUCUCUCACUGAAACUCCAGGAGGAGGGCUUGGAGAGGCAGCUGAUAAACCUGCUAAUCGAGCUGUCGGCUGAACAGUACGUACCAAUCUUUGCCCAUCACCGGCUGUCGCUGGAAAUGCUCAGCACCAUGACCCUCAGCGACCUGGCAAAGAUUGGAAUCACAGAAACUGGCCUGCAGCACACGAUCCUCAGGCGAGCCCAGGAGAUCCUGGCUGUGGCUAAAACAAUCCCAGAGCUGCUGAAGAGCACUGAGACCAAGGGCCCUGCUGCCCCAGAGCCGAGUGCCCCCCCUGAAGAAAUCCUCCCUUCUGCACCCCAGCUGGAGCUGGACGAGAGGAAGUCUGAGUGCGUGGUCUGCAUGGAGCAGGAGGCCCAGAUGAUCUUCCUGAACUGUGGCCACGUGUGCUGCUGCCAAACAUGCUGCGAGACCCUGCGCAUCUGCCCCCUCUGCCGCAAAGACAUCGUGCAGCGUGUCCGCAUCUUCCACAGCAGCUAGCCAGGGAGCAGCUGCUGGGCUCUUGGGGCUGGAGGUGCCAUCAGCUGGGAAGGCCGCUGCCCAAGGCUCCUCGGAGGCCUGGGUGGGUGUCCGAUCUGCUCAUCUCCAUGCCGCAGCGUAUCAACCACCCCUCCCAGUGUCACGUGUACACUUUGCACUGCUCAGAGCCUGUGACUGUGAGGCCGCUUUGGGGAGGACUGGAAUGUGCACUGUCACCUCAUGUCCUGGGGGGGUAACUCCAGGGCUGAAUGUUCUCAUAUGCUCCAGUAGGCAUGUUUAGCACACGCCUCUUCCCCCACAGUAACCCCUGCAGUCGCCCCCUGUGCUAUGCAGAUGGAAGCAGACGCUGCUGAGUGACUUAAGGGCUGUCUCAAGUCCCCGUGAGUGUCGGUGGAUUUCUGCCUCCCUUGCCUUGCCUGUCUGUGUGCUCCCAAGAUGCCUGGGGGGCUGCAAGCCCGUCCCUUCCCUGUCUAAUGUAUUUAUUUGCCUUCAGCAACAUGAUCACACUACACUGUUUCCUCCAAGCCAGAGGAGACUGGUUCAGUCAGUAGCUUCCUUUUGUGCUCUGAGUAGCUCCCUUUGUGCAUGGCCCUGGGCACCUGGGAGACCAGAGCUCCUCCAUGGGGUGCUGUUGUGGGAAAAGACAAGCACUUGGUAGCAAGCAUGGGAUUCUCUGGGAACCCUGUCAGGCCCUCACACCCAGACUGCUCCAAGCCCUCACACUCCUGCACCGGAGGGAUCUGACCCUUAGCAACUGACCAUGCUGGGAGAACCAUGAUUCCCCCCCCACCCCCGACACACACACUUUAACCCAUCUCCCAUUGCAGGGGGAGGGCCUGUGGGUCUGCUGGCAAGGAGCUGUCUGUCAGGUUGGAUCUGCUGGCUAGACAUAGAGGGGGCUGGUUCUGAAUGUAAGUGGCUGCUCCAGUCUUGCAGCUUGGACUGCAGGCUGAUAGCGCAGGUCAGGCAUGGACUGGGAGGGCCCAUUCCCGUCACUGGGUUUGGGGAGGGACAGACUAAGUAGCAUCCGUCAGCGAUGUGACUGGAGAACUUGCAGCUGACCCUGCAGGAUGGGGCCCACAGCUGCUCUGCACAGGUGGUCCCGCUGGAAUUGUGGGGCCAUUUGUCCAGCCCUGCCAGGUCCUGGGUGAAAAUAAAUGUGCAUCUCUGAGCUAAGGCUCUGAUUUCCUCGGGGCGCUGCUGCCGCCCUGAGCCAGCACGGUCUGUGGGGGAGAGCAGGGCACUCUUGCCAAAGCUAUAGGCGGGAGGUAGUCGUGCAUGGGGGGAGGGUGAUGUUCUUGAUGGAGCUGUUGGCAGCUUUGCAUUGGGAGCAGGACAUUUGGUUAAUUGCUUCUCCAUUUUAAUUAAUAAGUAACGAUUUCAGUAAGUUCCCGCUUUCUAGACCUUGACCUACAAGCUGAACCAGCCUGUCUCAUUUCCCCAGGCGCAGCUGGUUUGUGCUGGUGGCUGUUUACUCACGUUUUCUUGAGAAGUGUGAGGGCAGUUGAAGGGUGACUCAGUGUUGAGUACUGGCCUUUUACCUCCAUGGGCCGAGGUUCAAAGCCGGUCCUGGAUCCCCAGUAGCAAUGGGACUGCUGGGAUCUCACUGGUUAUCCUCCUCUGUCUGCAUCAGCGAAGCCCAGCUCCUCAGAGCUGGUGGUGUUGGCUCAUCUCCCUCCCAGAGACCAGCGGGGGCCACUGCAGGGUGGCGGCAGAGCUGGGAGGUGGGAAGGCCACAGCAUAGGACUGGGAUAGGAGGCAGUAGGACUAAAGUGCAGGUGGAGCUAGACCUGCUGGUGCCAGGCCUGGCUCUCCAGAGCAGCACUAGGCAGUUCCCUCACUGAUCUCCUCAGCGGCUGAGCUCUGGGAGGAAGGAUCCAGAACGUGGGACCCACUGGCUGCUUCUCUGGCCCCGGCCCCGUGACUGGUGAUGGCAAAACAGUGGAAGGCUGAUGGGCCCGAGGCUACGAGACGUGCCUUGGGGGAGCUGCAUGCUCUCUCUGCGCCAUGGUCAGGUGGCAUUAUGAGCAUCCUUGGUCGGGGGGGUCACUUCCCAUCUGAGGGACCCAGGAGGGCUGAAAGAAGGCCAUGUCAGUGGGGUCCCAGGGCCGGUUUCUCAGCACGGCAGGGGGCACUACCCACCAAUGACAUGGAGGAGCUGCCUAAAUGAACUCGGAUUGAAAUGGGGUAGGGGCCCCACAGAGGGGUCUCUCUCAUCCCAUCCCCAGGGCCUUUUAUUGCUGGGUCCUGAUCCUGUGGGUGGCUGAGUCCCCUUCGCUCCCAGGGCCUUCUGUGGGGGGAGAGGCAGGAUCAGGCCCUUCCUCCCUGAUACAGGGCUCAGUGCUGGAGCAGAAGGUUCGUGCUGGAGCUUCCUUUGGCAUCUUCCCCGGCUGUCCCGCUCUCUCUAGGCUCCAGGACCCUGUGUGGGGGCUGUUCCAGGCUGAGGACUCUGAGGAGGUGCAUCUUGGCACAUCUCUGGGGAUCCAAAGUCAGCAUUGGGCCUAGGCAAAAAAAAACCCCAAGGCCCAUCUGCCUUUGCCUCAGAGAGCAGGCUGGUCCCUGGCUCAGUCUAGGAAAGCAGCUUUGACCGCUCUCCUGAGCCCCUGCUCACAGAACAGUUACUGUGCCCCCAGCGUGUGGCAGGGGAGUCAGACAGCGGCAUGGGCUUAUGGCAAUGGCAGCAGCAUGCACAACACCUUAUCCCCACGUCUCAUCCAGCCCAACUUGGCACUGACCCUGGCAAGUGAGUUUGGGGUCUGAGUUCCCAAUGAGCUGGAAGCUAUGUCCCACAACUCCCCCUUCCUGCAGUGCCGUCUCCCCACUGACCCUUAGGGCCGAUCUGUAGGCAAGGGUGCUAUGGGCCUUGCGAGUUCAGUAGCCAGAGCUGCCCAGCACCUGUUUACUAGCUCCCACCUCACCCACCCACUCUGGAAAGGCUCCCUCCCCUGCCGUGCUUGCCCCCAGCCUGCGAGCCAGGCCUUUCCACAGCACCCCUGAAGCCCUUGGGGAAGGCUAAGACCGUAGUAUGGCUGUCACAUGUAUGUAUUUCACUACUGAGCCUGUAUGUGAAUAAAUGCCUUCAAAGGGUGGGUCCUGGCGAGGCCUGGAUUGAAUUUCCUGCCCCGGGCUCCCAUGCCCCAUGGACUGCAAGCGUCUCAGAGGGGCACGGGGAGGAGAGUGCCCCUCUGGCUCUGGCAGGUUCAGAGCUCAGGCGGGUUGUGAACCGGGGUGUGUUGGGGGACAGAGUAGGGGCAGGGAGGGAGGCUCCAGCAAAGACAAGACUCAAGCCCUUACAUGCAGCUGUUUGCUGGAGAGGUGGCAGUGUCUGUAGGGAAAGGCCUGUGUCCCAUUGUUGUGUGUCUUCCCUGGGACUGUCAGGUUAGAUCCUCCAGCUGCUGCUCUGGGGGCAAGGCCUGGCAUGUGUGAAUGCAGCAUCACAGGUGUUUCUGUAACACUGCCCAGCCACCUGUGCCAAAGGUAAGGCAGAGGUAAUGAAUGACCAAGGCAAGAAGCAAGGUCCACAGCUUGCCAAUAAACAAGCCUCAAGCCAAAGGUCCUUGGAUAACGCAGAGCUAGGAGGUGUGUUUCUUGGCCCUCCCCCAUGUGGUAGCUGGGAUUGGGCUGUGGGAAUGUCUCGCCUGUCGCUGCUGGGAAUUGCUGGCUGCUGGUUGUGCAGACCUAUUUGUGUCUUGUUUCUGGCAAAAGAAAAGAAAGAGGCAUGAAACUGAACAAUAACAAACCAAUCGCCCUGCUAAGGGCUAGCGCUCCCUCCACAGCCCGUGGCAGCCGCAACAGCUAAGGCUCUGCAUCUUGGGCUGAGUCCCCUGCUGUUGCCCAGCCUAUGGCAAUGCCAUUGAGGGGGGGGGCCUAUGCUGGUAACACAGGUCAAGCCUCAUGUCCCCACCUGGGGCCUCCCUUGCACCCUGGGUGUUCUGGUCACCUUGUAAGUUAGAGAGGAAGGUGGGUCCUGCAGACAAUGGACGGAACUUCCCACUCAGCAGCCUCCCUCCUACCCACCUCACCUUGCCUCCCCUACCAGCAGGCUGCCUACUUCUUUGCUAGCUUCCCUCCUUUCCCUGUUGGUUCCAUGGUGCCCUGCUUGCCAUCCUCAACCCUUGAUGGCCAACCUUCUGCUGCCAGCCUUGGACAGAUACUGGAGAGAAUUUCCCCAAAGCCCCUCUGAGUGCAGCUACUGUUGGAAGAGUUGAUGUAAAAAUAGUACCUUUUCACUGCGCAGCUCUGCGACCUGCAGGGACUGUGCUGAUCAUCUAGUCAGAGCUCUUGGAGAACCUAACCCAGUGGUUUGUGUAUCUAGCUCAAUUCCUGAGUGCAGCUUUUGGAAAGCCAGCCAGUCUUGAUUUUAGAUGCCAAGUGAUGGAGAAGCAGCCUGGGCUCAUUACACUUCCUUUAAAUUUUGCAUCUUGUUUUCAGUUUAAAUUUUGCUGACUUCAAGUUCUGGCCAUUGCGGCUUAUUUUGCUUUUGUCAUUCUGCUCAAUUAAAGAGCCCUGUAGUAUCAGCAAGACCUCGGUGUAGGUACCAAAAAACCAUGACAAAAUUACCUCUGCCCCUUCUGUUGGAUAAACUAAAUAGAUUGAGCUCCUUCAGUCUCUCACUGAGCUCUCACCGGGUGGUUUCCAGGCCCCAGGCAAUUCUUGUAGCCCUUUGCUGAACCAUUUCCAAAUCUUAAACCUUUCUUUAAUGUGUGGACAGCAGAACUGGAUGGUCUCACUAGGGCCAUGUGCAGAGGUAAUACCACCUCCCUCCUCCUAACUAUUCCCUUCCAUACUGUGUUAGCCAACGGCCUUGCACUAGGAGUGCAUGUUCAGUUGGUUAUCCACCUUGGCCCUUCAUCCUUCCCAGAUGUACAGAUUUUACUGGCUAUGCUACAUUGUUCCUGCAUUUCUCUCCUGCUAGCCGUGCAGAGCUGAUGCUGCUAAGGCUGCUGUAGCUGUACUGCACUCGGGGGCAAUUCAAGGUGUGACUGCAGCAUGGGUGUACCUGUAUCAGUAAGGGUUUGGAUUUGUCUGUGCCUCGUGCCUGAGCUGAUGGAGCCUGGCUUGGUUCUUGGAUCCUAGGGGUUGGGGCUAGCAAAGAGACUUCUUUACUUUCAAACGAAGCAGAUUUACUCUGGAGUAAGUCAGUACCCAUGCUCUUCCACAUGACCCCUCCCUGCAAUGCUGUACAGAGUUGCCAGUGCCCAUUGUUAAGGUGACCUGAUGCUUCCCUUUACAAGACUCUGUUUUCAGUGCUUAUAACUUUGCCAAAUGUUAUGCAUUUGGGCUGAUAUUUCCCAGGCCCAGUGUCUGCUGCAGGCUGAAUUGUUUUGGGAAGCUUCAGCCAAAACCAUUCAGCCACUUCUCAGAAUGAGAUCAGGUAAAAUAUGUUCUUGUGCCCAUGUCAAUCAAAAACUCUGACCCAUU